AUGGAUGAUAUAAUUGUGACGGCAGAUGACAUAGAUGAAAUGGAAGUUGACUCACCAGAUCCGAAAUCGCAAGGUGGUAAGAGCAGCAAAGUAAGUAAAGCUCCGUUGAAACGCAAAUUUGUCAGUCAGUGGAUGGAAGACCCAGAAUUCAAAGACUGGAUUACGAAGGGCAAAGAUAAACUCAGUGGGGCCGACUCAUGUCCUGGCAGAGGGGGUCGAGGUGGACGUAAUGAUGGAGGAUAUGAAGAGGGAGAGUAUUAUGAAGAAGGCAACUACGGAGGAGGAGAAGGUUACAAUGGAGGAGGAGGAGGAGGAGGAAUAGAUCCUGGCUAUCCCCGGCCCCCACCUCCACCACAGGAAAUUCCACUGCCUAAUUAG